CUCACAGCACAGCAGCACGCACCACUCACUUCCUUCAAUCUCAUACGCACACACACUCUCUCUCUCACACACACCUUAUUCCUACCUGGUCGCGGGGAGCCAUAUACGCACACAUAUACGCACACACACACUGGGCUAUAACUCAGCUCGCGCUGUGGAUGCAGCUCAUGCGACUCUUUUUUUAAGGUGGAUAUUUACAGAGUGAGGAAAACCACUCUCUCAAGAUCACUUCUCACCCAUCCUCAUACGGGACCCCUAAUACAUCCCGUCCCGCGCGGGACAGCAGCAGCAGCAGCAGUACGCGCAGCAGCGGCUGGCAUGGGACCGUCCCGCCGCAACGCGUAGGAUCGUGUCCAGCGGCGCGCGGCUUACGUUGUCCGGACAGGCGGGACUACAGCCUAUGGCGGGGAUCGGGGAGUUCGGUGCGCUUGUGCACGGCGGCGCAGACGGAGCGAGCUCGCCCUUCCACAUGUCCGCGCCGGCCGACGGGCUCGCGCUGCUGCCCGAGCGCCUCCUCCUGCCCGGAGAACGGCUCUCGCGCAGCCCCACCACCGACCUCACGCACCUGAAGGGCAUCCUGCGCAGGCGCCAGCUGUACUGCAGGACCGGCUUCCACCUGGAGAUCCUGCCGGACGGAACGGUGCAGGGCACGAGGCAGGACCACAGCCGCUUCGGUAUUUUGGAAUUCAUAAGCCUGGCAGUUGGAUUAAUCAGCAUCAGAGGAGUGGACAGUGGCCUCUACCUCGGCAUGAAUGACAAGGGGGAACUCUUCGGCUCGGAGAAACUGACAGCUGAGUGUGUCUUCCGGGAGCAGUUUGAGGAGAACUGGUACAACACGUACUCCUCCAAUCUCUACAAACACGGGGAAAAGGGCACGCGCUAUUACGUGGCCCUCAACAGGGACGGGACGCCAAGGGACGGGACAAAAUCGAGGCGGCAUCAAAAGUUCACACAUUUCCUCCCCAGGCCAGUGGAUCCAGAUAAAGUACCAGAACUCUACAAAGAAGUGUUAGGCCACAGCUGAGAGCAGCUGGCCCUGCGUUAGAAGAGGAACGGGUCCAAAGGAACGAGAUGGUUGGCUUUUAGCACCAGCUCACAAGCCUCAAAUGACAAGAGCAAGACGGGAGCAUUGAUCUUUUAGGGAGCAUCGGCCAGUAACGGAGCAAAGGUCUCAGUCUUGAUUGUCUGAAGUGCUGAGAGCUUAAGGGGGUGUCAGUGACCCAAAACAGUGGGUCUAACAGAACCGAGGUCAAACAGAACACUAGGACAGCUGGUAGACAAAGAAAGCGAAGAGAAGGUCCAGACCGACUGCUGUUGGUUGGCGUAUCUUGAUACAAUUGUUAUCAAUUGUUGGAUUGUUGCUGGAUUGUUGUGGAGUUGACUGAUACUGAUGUAGAAAGACUUGGUGGAACUGUGAUGGAGGACUUGAUGGACAUAUGAGAUGUGAUGUGGGUGUGGCUUGGAGAUGUCAGGACUGAAACCUGCGGAGAACGGGACUCAUCAUCUCAUAGGAUAUUAUUUAUACACUUUAUGCUACACAUAUUUAUUAUAUGUAUUUAUUUAUUUGAUAAUAUAUAUGCAUAUAUGAAUAUUUUCACUUAUCUAAAUAGAUAUCACUGUAGAAGGUGCCUUAAGCUAGGGAUUUGUCUUCUUAUGACCAAAGUGCAGAAUAUUAAUUGUAUUAUUGAUAAAAUUAAUAUUGCAAGGCCAAUCAUGUUUCCCCAAUUUUGCCCCAAUUUUGAUGUAUAAAGAAGGACCAUUGUUUUCUAAGGAUGCUUUAAGAAAAAAUAUAUAUAUUUAUGCCAAAACAUUAUACACAUAUAGUGCUGUGAGAAAGUGCUUGUCCCCUUCUUGAUUUAUUUAUUUUUGUGGCAAAAAAGGUGGGUGUUAUCAUCAUGAAACUGUAGACGUAUAGGAACUAGUGUCCCAUGAAUUUUGCCAUAUUCCACUAAAGCUAAAGAAAACACUGCACUAACCUGCUGGACAUGUGUGUGGGGUCUCCUGCAUUGAAUGGGGAUAAAAAUUCUCAUUUGGAUGUUCUCAUGGACAACUUGCUCAUUACAUGUUGGCCAGUGUUUAACCUCACUCUCAUUCAGACUUACUCAUAAGAUAACACCUUACAACUUAUGUAUUCAGGCGUAGGCAUUCCAUCCUCCAAGUCAGCCAUCCCCUGUGGUAACGCUUAAUGAUUAUGAUAAUUAUGUGAUUUAUAUACAGCUGUAUCAGGACUUUUGUUGUUUUCGUGUAUUCAAUAAUGGAGAAAAUCUUGAAGGGUACAAGAACUUAUUCACAGCACUUUAUGUCUGUCGGUUUUACUUAUCAUACUUAUACUUUAUCAAACAAAAUAUUUUUCAUAGGUUACAAGCUGGUCUCUAUUAAAUAUGACUUUAUUAAGUUUGUUUAGUAUGACUCUUUCAGGCAUGCAAAGAAAAUGUCUUUUUUAUGUCAGAUUUAAUGACCUGGACAAAUUACAUACCAUUAAAUUAAUCAAAUUUUGAAGAUCAUACUGAAGUGCUCUGUGAGGAAUUAGAAAAGUGACCGCUGUACAUCAAAGGGUUAAACAGAACAAAGUGUUACUUUAAGAAAAGUGGUUUGGUUUAUAAAUGUAUGUCGCUGGUAUUGCAUCACAAGAGUUAGCCACUCUUUAUUAAUAGACAGGUAUAGAUAAUCACAACCUAUACAGAUCUGUCUUUCUCCUCUCACCUCAAAGGUCCUUUUAGAGACCUUCUCAUGUAGCAGCCUUGCAAUGACAAGAUCAGGGUGAAAUAAAAACUGACCUUUAGCUGCAGUCUGGCGGCUUGGUGGCCCGUCUCAAGUGAGGUCAAAACGGCAAGUGUGUACAAAUAAAUAAAUCAAUAUUUUGUCCACAAGAGACAAGAGACAUUAUUAUCAGCAAGACAAUAAGACAAUGUUGCUCACAAAACCCUAUCAGGGAGGACCUGUCACAAUAUACACUUUUUGGAUGAUAUAUUAUGCCAGAGAUCUAAUUGUGAGUAACUAUAUAUUAUUGUAAUUUUAAAUAAUUAAUUUUGUGCCACUGAAAUACUUAAAUACACUUAUAAUACAUUGUCAUAGGAUCACUAGUUCAAAUCUCGGGUCGUGCUGCUUGCCAUCAGCAGCCGGAGUCUGAGAGAGCACACUUGGCCAUGCUCUCAGGUUCUCUCUCUGGGUGGGUAGAUAGAGCACAGGUGUCUGUUGGCUGAUGUAUCAGAGCUGGGGAUCUGGCACUUUCCUCUGAGUGCAUUGCUGACUACCCACUAAUGCUUUCAAAUUGUGAAAAAUGGUAUAUAAUUUGAAAUAAUAAUAAAAAAAAAACUAAUAGGCUAAUAAAAUACAGUGGCAAAAUAAUACAAGUAUACCUAUAACUGCUAAAUAACGAUUAUUUUCCUAUUAUUAUUAAGAACAUGUAGACAUUGGAAUUGGAACUAAUAAAUAAAACAACAAAUAUAAAAAAAAUAUAUAUAAAAUAAAUAAAUUUAAACUUCUGUUUACAUUCCUGCUCAUUUAUGUUAAUGGACUCUUUUUGUAAAAAAAAAAACACAAUUGGCAAUAUUAAGGUAAUCAAAAAUGAUUGAUUUAUUAAUGUUAUAUCCAUAUAUUGAAUGAUAACUCGAUAGCAUAAUUAUUGUGACAGGUCUUUUCAAGUCUAAUUAUUGAAAUAUUUAUUUUUCAUGUUUUUUCCUUUUUAAUCCAUCUUGACUGUGUCACAUUAUUCUGUUGAGCUGUCAAAUGUUUGAGACCAGCAUUUGUAAAAUUAAACCAAGCAUCACCUGGAGAAGAACAGACAGUGUGAGAUCUGGAUCCCUGAGGCUCGACCUACCUGUGCUCGCUCUCUUUUUUUCCCCUGAAUGUGUUUGAACGGCUGAAUGAGCGAUUUCCACAACAGUGACCAAAAAAGCAUAUCUAUCUACAGUUUCCACAACGCUUGGAAGAGUAUUUGUGUUGAAGCAUGAAGGCUACGCUCUGUGAUCUCAGCAUCUGUGUGAUGGCGAGCCAGGGGCUGUCUUGACAGGGGAGCCUACAUGCUGCCAGCCUUUACCGGUAUGUGAUACUGUGGGAUUUUCCCAUCUGAGCAGCUUACAGCGGUUGUGAGCGGUGUAUGGGGGCGGGAAGGAGCCUGGAGACAAAGAGGGGUUCACACUAUAGGGGACGACAUCAGCGAACGUCCUGAACGUCCUGAACAUCCUGUUCAUGAUCAGCCAGAACUAUAUAUACGUGAUUACAAGAAGAAGACUUACACGCCUGUUACACAGCACUGUGCAUCUUCUGCAUCAUCUUCUGCAGAUCAAGUUUUUUUUUUUUUUCCCAUGCAUGUUAAUAUUUAUAGAGAGCUGAGAGAUGACUGCAUAAUGAUACAAAUAAAACAGUAAAAAAAUCA